AUGUCAGUGCCCCCCCUGUUCCUCCCAACACACAGCAACAACGUUUUCUCGCUAACGUACAAGUGCGGAAACUGCUGUUGGUUUGACGGUGCUGUUGUCAGGGCAGUAGGAUUGAACACUGUUUCGCAUCCUCCACCUCCACGGCCGCCGAACUGUCACAGUCAUACGCUUGGUGUAGACCUAGCCAAUGAAGGUCGGCACGACGACGGCAAGUGCUGCGUGCUUAGCGGCAUUGCGGAUGCCCCACGGAAAACAUUGGCAAUAUUUUACGGCACAGCUGCGUCUGGAUCGACAAACCUGCCAGCGAUGCCGUCGACCGCCGCACAGCUGGCAAAAGCGGCAUCGGCUUCUUUCGGCAUUCAAAGUUCAGUGCGAUUCACGGUUGACAGGUUCAAUGCUUCAAGAAACUAUAAGAUUGCCGGUUUUAUGGCUAUGCUCUUAAGUGUCACCUCGCAAGAGGUGUUUCAUUUGACGUCGCAUUUCACCCGGUGCCAAAUGCUAAAACGAGUCAGCAAAGUAGAACGGCCACCAACGGCAGGAUGCGAGUACCACAGCCGACAUCUGCAGAAUUCGUCAGAUAUUCGAAGCCCCCAGCCAAAGGCGGGCUCGACCACCAACUCAUGGACUCAGGAGUCGGUCAUGGCCGAAAGCCUCGUCAGAGUACUCGAGUACUAUCAAUGCAAGCAAGGUAUUACUCGGUCGAUUAUCGAGUACCCGUCUAAGAAGGCGUACGUCGUUUCGAAAACUGAAACGUCGAUAAUGAUGUGUACUCAGCAUAAGAAACCGACAAUCGGUACUUGGCCAAGAAUGAUACCCGUAAACAAGAUGUAA